AUGGAUGACAAAAGGCAAGCAACAGCUUCAAUAAUAGGGGAACAUAUAAAAAUGAAGUUCUUGGAUAUAAAAACAAUCUAUACUCCAGCUGAUAUUAUUGCAGAUAUUCAGAGAGAUUUUGGGAUUGUUUUGAGUUACAAUAGGGCAUGGAGGUCAAAAGUAAAGGCACUAAACCAAAUUAGAGGCAGUCCGCGCGACUCGUAUUCAAUUUUGCCUGGAUAUUUGCACAUGCUUCUACAAACUAAUCCAGGGUCAGUUGUGGAUCUUCAUACAACUGAUGAAAACAAAUUUGUAUAUAUGUUUAUGGCUCUAGAUGCUUCUAUUAAAGGUUGGAGAUACUGUAGACCAAUAAUUGUAGUAGAUGGAACAUUUUUGAAGUCAAACUACGGUGGAACAUUAAUAACAGCAAGUACACAAGACGGAAAUGGUAAGAUUUUCCCCCUUGCUUUUGCAAUUGUUGAUUCCGAAAACGAUGAUUCCUGGGAAUAUUUUUUUUUAAAAUUGAAAGAAGCAUUUGGUGGAAGAAAUGGGCUGUGUAUUGUUUCAGAUAGGCAUUUGAGUAUAUUGAAUGGGGUCAAAAAGGUUUUUCCUGAAGCAAGUCAUGCAAUAUGUAUGUACCAUUUGCUAAGUAACAUCAAAUCAAAGUUCAAACACGAUCCGGAUACAUUGAGAGACUGUUUCUAUGGAGCUGCAAGAUCAUACACAACUAAGGGAUUUGACUACUACAUGAAAGAGCUUGAUGCCAUUAAUGCCGGAAUUCAAAAGUACCUAACAGAUAUUGGGAUCGAGAAGUGGGCAAGAGCACAUUGUAAAGCUAAUAGGUAUGACUAA